AUGAGAAAAGACGCCACGAAUAGGAGCUACCUGGACAUCCUUCGGUUUUAUAGCAAAGAUGAGCAUCAGCAGGGGGUGCAUUUUGCGGGGGGGGUGGAAAGUCAAGGCGGAUUGCAAAGUGGCAGUUCCUUCAGUACAGUAAAGAAGAAACAACAUUUUUUCAACGUGCGCGACUGGGAUGGAGGUGACUGUGUCCAAAGGAAUGACGACCAACACUCGGGGAAAGAAAAAGCGAGUCUCAACACGGACUCGUUUUUCAAAACCCUCUUUUUGAGUCAGAAGAUGGGAAGCAACAACAGCCACCAUUAUAGCAAUAAUCACCAUUAUGGCAGUAGUCGCCAUCGCGACAACCCCUUCGAGGAAGAAGAAAAUAAUAAUACCCAGAAAGGGAACAUACAAAAAAUGGGAACUUAUGGUGGGGGACAUAACAGAGUCAAACCCAUACACGACCAAGACAAACUAAUUCAAGAUCUGAGAAGAGAGCAGAGGAUGAGAAUGCUUCAUCUGGAAAAGCAACAUGAGUGCAUUCGAACUCAUCAGAAAAGAAUUGCUAGCUGUUUUGUUACCUACAGGAAGAGGAGAACCUGCACCAUCUGCUUCCUUAGUAAUAAUUUAGAGCACAUGGAGAAGUGCAGAAACUGCUCCCUGUACUUUCACGUGUACUGCUACAAGAUGUUUCGAGACAACUUCAAUUUGAGCAAUUUUGUGUGCGACGUGUGUGUCGACUACGAGGGGGGGGCGGACUGGGCCGCGGUAGGAGAUGCGCCGGCCCCUACGAUCGUCGGUACCACUGGUGGUGUUGCCUCCAACAAGGCCGCUCAUUACGCCACCCACCGUGCCUGCCACUAUCCAUGCGAUCUCCAGCGUACGGGUCAGCAGUACAGGAAGUAUCACUUUGCGUACCAAAGGAGAGUUGGCGACGCGACCCAGGGACCCCUCGAUUGUGGCCCCCAAAUGGAGGAAGCAAAGGCUCCUCAAAGUGUUUCGUGGAGGAGAAGGCGAUUUUUUAAAUGCCUAAGUGAUCCCGAGUUUGGCAACAGUAAUGAUAUCAUCCUCUCUGGUAAGGGAAAUCAAAAAAGGAAUGGGGCAUCCAAAAGGAGAGGACAAGCUGUGAAGACACCCACUGAUGAUUGGUCCAAUAACAAUGCCAGUUACCACCGCGAUAUCGCAUAUCAGCGUGACGUCGUAUACCACCGCGACACCUCCUACCAGUCCGACACGAGAUGCAACCGAAAUGUAAGUCAUGACACAGGGCCCUAUAACAAGAAGGCAAAGAAGCAACUAAAGAGAAGGGCUGAUUUAGAAAUGAAUCCAGAGAAAGUUACUAAGAUGAGGGGCAAAUUGUUAAGACCUUUGGGGAGCUACAAAAAGGGCUCCCAUGGGGAGCUUUCCCAGGGGCGGUCCCCUCGCUCAAUGCUGUUUCCCCCGCAGCAAAGUCAGUUUAGUCAGCCCCCCCACGAUGGGAAAAAGAGUCAAUACAUAGCAGCCAUCUCGUACCUACACGCCAUUCAGUACAAGCUGCACCUGCUCGAACGAGACAAGCAGGAAAUAAAGUGCAGUAUCUGUAAUGGACUUCAAAGAAACGUCCUGAUGAUCAGGACGGGCCCAGACUUGUGGUUCCACCUCUGCUGUCUGUACUACAAUGACAUCUCAAAAUGUUGCUCCCUAAUGCAUGUCUACUUUGAAUGCUUUUUUCUCAAAUUCUAUAACGAAGAUUAUUUCAGUAAUAUGUAUGCCAAACUGAAAGCCAUGAAUGAAAUCAUCAUCCAGAAAAUCAAGCAAGAGCUCCUCAGCAACUACAACACUACCAUCCACAGUCACUCAUUUAACUUCCUUAUGAAUCCCUACUACUACAAUUUGACUCUCAAACAGAUUAAGCACUUCAUUUUUCAUAAUUUCAUUUUGCACACAAAUGUAUUGUAUGGAAGGUAUCCUACUGGAGGGGGUACUUCGAUUGCCCAUGUCUCAUCUGUGGGGAGAAAUGAAGCGGAGUGCACCGUUCAGGGAGUGUCCUAUGGCAAUGUGAAGUGCGGAAACUUGGAUGAAAUGAACUUUGGGAGGAGAGGCAGGUGUCGCGUGAGGGGAUCGUCCAGAUGCGCACACUCCAGCAGGAGGAGGGGACGUCAAAAGGGCAGUCAUUCCCGCGUUGGUGUGCAUGCCAGGGUAGUUAGCCACGGGGUGUCGCGACCCGAUGUGCAACUACCCCUCGCCCACCGCCUCGACGCGCACCACCCCUACCCCCGCUGCUCCAGUUUGAGUAGCGCCGCCAGUAGCUACGUCGCGACCAGUAGCACGCCCAGCUGUAGUGACUCCUCUGAUGGAGCAAACAGGAGAGACGACGCACAGGAUGUGGACGAAGGGGAAUGCGAUGCUGAAUAUGAAGGUGAAUGCGAAGGCGAAUACGAGGAUGACCCAUAUCUGAAUGGCUACGCAGACGACCUAACCAUGUACAGUCAAAAUGGACUAACCAAUGUAUACUGCAUCGAUACAAACAACUGCUCCGUCGUCACGGAGGAUAACUACUACAUUACGGACGUCGUUCACAUCGUCAGUAACCACACAAGGAACGAAAUCAACCUAAGUGCCAACAAGCUAAACGAAUUGAAUUUAUUCUUCAAAGAAAUUGAGCAGCUUAUUUAUAAGAGGGAUUUUAUUAACCUGGGCAUUCUGAAAGAGAUUAAAGAGAAGAUCCUGCAGUCCGUGGCGAAUAAUCAUUCCAAAAUCUGCAUUUUUUGUAAAAGGUCCACUGGCAUAAAGACCAAAUGUAUGUUUCCAUCUUGCUCUACUUAUUUCCACAUCACCUGUUACUAUGAGUUUUUUCUGCACAGUGCCUACGUGGAGUGUCAGUGGAGGCGGGGCAUCAAGAGGGACGACCGAAUCGUCCGGAGGCAGGCCCAGAGAUAUGCACCGCAGAGAUCUGCGGCCAAGAGACAUACGGCGCAGAGAUAUGCAGCGAAGAGACACGCAUCGCAGAGACAUGCAUCGCAGAGACAUGCAUCGAAGAGAAUGACACCCCAGAUAACAGCGCCAGAGGAUCUGCUAUUCAGAGCGAACAAACUGAGUAAGAGACGGGACCGAAGGAAGAGGCGCUUGCGCAACGGCAUGGGUAGCGACGAUGCCAGUUUGGGGGGAAGCGGCGGAAGAGGUGGGGGAGGCGAAACAAGCGAAAAAGGCGAAAUAGGCGAAAAAGGAGAAAUAGGCGGAAAUUGCCAAAACAACGUUGGCCGUGGCACCCAUUUUGACUUCUUCGCUCCAUCUGGGGGAAGGACGGCGCCCAAUGCAGCUGCUGAAGCGAAAACCCUCUCGAGACGGAACUCCCAGGAACAGCCCCCGAUCGAAGCACCGAGGAGGGUGGCCCCCCACGUCCGGAUCCAGUACUUUCGAAACAUUAAGAGGAAAUUAAUGGACAGCAGAGAACAGCAUAUUGGAGGGCGUAGCAGAGGUGCAGUGGUGGAGGGGGGCCCUCCAGGUGGGUCAUCAAAUGGGGUGCCAACUGAGCCCUCCAAGAUGAACCACCAGAGCAUUGAAACGAAGAUGACCCCGAUUAUAUCCCCUUCGACCGGUGACCACGCGGAGAAGACAAAUCCCUUUGCAAGGAAGGAAAUAAUCGACUCAUCCCCCGAACUGCUUCCCCCUUCCAGUGCCGUAAGAUUAGAGGACCCCCCUCAGAGGAGCAAACUCAUCAUGGAUGCGAGAGAAGCUGACAGCGGGGGGGGUUCACUUAGCAGUCAACACGUACCAUUCAUCCAAAGUGGUAACCCUGUUUCGUAUGACCAAUGCGAGCGGGUUGAAGAGAGAAGGAGCGGCUUCCCAGGUGGUGGAGGUUGCAGCCAAGGUUGUUUCUUAAACGCCCGAAGCAGAUGGUGGAAGAAACUAGUAGGUCCCCUGAGCGACUACACGAUGGCCUCAUUCGAGGAGGAGAAAGUGAACAGGACAGUUCAAUCAAGGAGCAGCCACCAUCCAGAUCAACAUGAGCAUCAGAAUGAACUUCUCCAUCAGUAUCCACAUCAGCAUAACCAGAUGAUGGUGUUGUCUCACCUGAAGCAGAAUGCAGUGGAGAGAGCGCCUAGCAGAAACACCGAAAUGGGAAAUCCUCACGGGAGGAGAUCUGUACAGAGUAGAAGUCUGUGUAGCGAUGUAAACAGGACAGGAAUGAACCGAUGCACUGAGCCUACGUUCAACCAUUGUGGGCAGUUUGCACCGAGGGAUUGUGUCACCAUAGGAGGUAUCCCUCGGCAGAGUGAGAAGAAGACCGACGUGAGAAUGAACAGACUGAUGCAGAGGAUGGUCCAGAAAACAGGUUCGAAAACGCCACCCAGGGUAGCGCCGAAGAUGACCCCCAAAAUGACGGCAAAAUCGCGGAAUCGACGGAAUCGACUGCAGGGGAGUGACGACUGCGGGAGCUUUUCCUCCCUAUCGUCUCUCCUCUGCUCGUCCAUACCAUCCGACUGCCAUGAAACCUCCUUCGGCUCCAUCAAAUCGUCCGAUCGCUCUCUGUCCCUCCACUCCAAGUCAAAUUCGAUGUCCCUACACUCAUUGACCAUCUCAUCGGCGUCAUCUUCAUCAUCCAGCACCUACGCGUCAUCCUCGGGUUACUCGCCCGACUAUCUAGCCCCUUCUUUCAGACAAGUAGCAUCGGCAAAAUGGGACAACUCUUCCUUUUCUUCUUCUUCUUCCUCCUCCUCCUCCUCCUCCGCCUUCUCCGUGAUGUCAAACUUUAACCGAAAGGCCAAGUCAAUAUCAACCUCCCCGUCUGCAGCAUCGAAUAGAUCCUUCCGAAAUAGCAACUCGAUAUGUAGCAGCAACUCGCAAGAAGCGUUAUCCUCCUCUGUGUCUAACAUCGGAAAUAGUUACCUGGAAAUGAAGAGCAUGAAGCUGGCUUUGUGCAACGCUCACAACAAUGAAAACGACAUCAAGACUGUAUUGAAUCUCAAGUUAAAUGCAGUUAAUAAUAAGAGGCACAACAAUCUCGAUGGUAUCUUCUACCAUUACUAUAAUUCGUUCCUCUCCUCUGUGUUCUUCUCAGAGAAGUUUGCCCAUCUGUCCGAGGGGGGAGAAACCACCAAACAGGGGGAAGCCCCCGAAGAAGGGGAGGGCACUAACGAAUGGGACAACAACCAAAUUGAGAGGAGGAGCGACCAAGUCAGCCACUGCGGAAACGAAAGUGAAAAUCUGCUCCAGGAGAAAAAAGAGAACCAAAUUAAGGAGCGAAGUAGCACCCAAUCAGAAAAACAGGACACUGGGGGAGAAGCAAUCAGCAUAGAUAAUGCUGUGGUCGAAGCGGCGGCGGGAGAGAAGUCCGACCUCGCUACCGCAGUAACGGCAGUGAACCCACCAAACGGAGAGAUGCACAAACCCAGUGGCCAUACCCAUAAGAGAAAAAUGGGAUGCCUUUCCUGGACGCCAAACUCUGAUGGGGAAAACGAACAGAAGGAGAUGGGUCAUUCGAAGCAGCAUGGCGAGGACAACAAAAAUGCAGCGCAUGUAUCACAUAGAAAUAAAAAAAAAAAGGUUAAACUAAACAUUGAGGAGGGCGCGGGAAAGCUGACCGCAGUGGAGCGUGACACGCACCACGUUAACAGUAAUGAUUGUGGUAGGUGGCGUGACGAGACUCACGCGGAAGGAGGAAGCUCAGACCAUCCCGAAGAUAAAAAGAAGGAAAAUCAACCAGCGCACCAGUUCGAAGUAACAACCGACUACGAGAAUUCCCCCGUUCAGGAGAAGGCCAACGAAUGUGACACGUUGAGAGAUGUACACGAGGGGAAGAGCAGCCAGGUGGACGUAGCCUCCGGGGAGGUGGAUAAACAACAGGAAAGAACAGCUGAGGUUAAGGACCUCCAAGAGGACGUAGAACAGCGUGAAGAGGAAGCGUCCCCCAAAGGAGACGCCACAUGUAAGGCGGCCCCCCGCCAAGCGAACGACCUCGUGCAUCUUCUCUUCUUAAACUACAUCAAUCGAGUGAUCGAUGACGUAGAAGCCAGUGUGAUCCUAAAGAACAACGUGUGCGAAGGAGUAUACUACCUGCGACAAGAAAACGGACUGAACAUAUGUCAGAAAUUGAGCGGGCGUUUCAAAAAAAAACAAAAGAUACAAAACAUGAAGAAGAAGAAGAAGAAGAAGAAAAAAAAAUUAAGUGACAUCACUAUUUUAAAAAGUACACAUGUAGACAUACAGAAGGCAAAUAAAAAGAACACUUCAAGCAGCAUGGAUUUGAAGAAAAAAGUAGACGUGAAUAAGUUCUCCUAUCUUUUUUAUCGACUCCCUGUCCUCCUCUACGGGACUAAGUUUGUAAGCGACGUGGAUAAUUUGAAGUACAUAGCUCAGAUAAAAGGUGUCUUCCAUCAUUACUUUGAUUUUUCUCAUUCUCGAAAUAUCGUUGGUCUCGUGGAGUUACUUAAAGGCUACGCCAGCCACUCCAUGUUUCACAAGACUGUGAGCACCUCGAGGAGGAGUGUCACUGAUAGGGAGGACAAGUGCGGAACUAGGAGGAGGGUUUCAGUGAGCGGCGCGGCGGAAGGGGCAUCAACAACAGCAUCAACAGAAGUGGCGUCAGCAGCUACGGCCGCGGAAGAAGUAUCAACGACAGCAUCGGGGGAGGCGGCAGAAGUGGCGGAAGCGACCUCCGUGACAACAGUAGAGGUAGCAUCCGUAGCAGCCGCGGCGACGGCGUUGCAUCAGGAGGGAGAGGAGCAUCCCUGCUUGGGCACUUCGUUCGACGCGAUGGCGGAGGUGGUUCCCACUGAACAAAUGGGAAAAAAUCAACUAAAGAAGAGCAAUCACCAAUUUUCGAAUGAAAAGGAAGACAUCAAAGAAAAUGAGGAUCCAGAUCUAGUCAAAGGAAGCACGUGUGCCAGCACCGUCAGUGUGUAUUGCUCAAGUCUCCUCGGAGACAACCACUGUGAUGUUCAGGAGAAGCAGAUGGAAGAUCCACAUGAAAAGGAAUCCAAAAGAAAGAGAAAAAGAAAAAAAAAGUCAACCGCAGAGGGAAGUAAUGGUAGGGUGAGUAUGCCAUAUCAAGUGUUAGGACAAGUGGACUCUUUCAACCAGGAGGAAGGGAAGAGAAAAGAAAACGUAGGUGAUAAAGGAGUGGGAGUAAUGAAGGGAGACGAGUCAUGGAAGGAGUCUCAAUCGUAUGUAAAUAAAAGCUUCAACUUAGUGUUUUGUCUUUUCGAUAACGGAAAUCAUAUUUACCUCCUAAUCUACGAGUCGGAUAGUGACAACAGGAAGAAGUAUGCAAAGAAUAAACUCCUUCGAAAAAAGAACGAGUGCAACAAUAUCGAUUAUUUUUUUAGGGAGCUAUACGAGAAGGUUCAUCAGAGUAGCUCGAAGGAUGAGGCCUUUUCAAUUUUGAAGGCUCUCUUUUGUAAUGGGGUGGGAUACUCCUCGGUGGGACACUCCUCAGUGGGUCUUUUCAACUGGGUACCCCCCCAGGGUGGAAUCAGCUGCAUCGGAUCGAGUGACUCGACUGUUUCGAUGGGGUCGACUGGAUUGACCAGUUCGAUGGCAUCGACGUGGUCCAUGGGGUCUAUGAGCGGAAGGAGUAACCGCAGCGGCAUUGGCAGAGGCAUUGGCAGCGUCAUUGCCAGCGGCACCACUCCCGACGAACAAAACUGCUUCAAGAUGAGUGAAAUGUUGCUGAACAAAAAUGUCUUAAAAAAUAUACUGCACAACUUUAGCGCAUUUAACAUCACCAAGAAUCUCAAUUUGAAACUGGCCAAUGUUAUCGAACUGACUUACUACGAUUACCUCUUUAUAAAGAGGCACAAGUUUUUUUACUCAAGAAGGGGAGUGAAGAUUUACGACGUCUGCAAUAAUUUGUACGCCGAGGGGCAACCUGCGGAAGGGGACCUGCGGGGCGGCAUCGUGGGAGCAAGCGUCAUUGGCGGUCGUGCCAACAGGAAUGGCCAUCACUUGGCGCACAAGCUAAAACAAGUCGUCGCUAAAUUGUACGCUGGGAAAGGCAGCAACGACACCUCGUUCAAUUUUAGGAGCAUGGUAGCUAGCCAGAGUGGCCUAUUUACGAGUGGGGACGUCAGUAGGGGUAGUCCAUACGUUAGGGACGAAAAGGUCAAGUUGGCAGGAGUGGUCACACCGAUGGGAAGUUUCGACGUCGCGUCUGCCUGCAGUGGAGGUGUUACCAAUUGGCACCAUGUAGGCCCCUUCCCAAGUAGCUUCCAAGGCAGCCUUUCAGGAGACCUCAGCCGAACGACCAAGAUGGCCUACGACUUCGCCAAGAGUGGAAGCCUGCUGAGCAAAGGGGUCAAGGAAAAAAUUUUGAAUAAACAGAUAACAAAGAGGAAAGACAGGAGAGACCAAAAAGAUGGCCACAGGAAUAGAAAUAAGAAGGAGAAGAAGAACUGUCUGGAUUAUUAUCCUAAGACCUGCUACACAGGUAGGGGAAAACUACCCUCAGGAAAAACAAUUACGAACUGUGAAUUUGGUGAAUAUAACCACUUCGAUUUGGUGGCAGAUCAGAGCAGAGACAACUCCAUAAACUGCAUCAUAAGCGAUUUCCUUCUCAACCGAUGCGAGGAUAACACCAUGGCCGAAGUGGUGAAGGAAAUAAUUAGAAGGUAUAACUCCUUUGGGGGGAACACGAGAAGCGGGUUCAGGGGGAAGUACCAUCCCGCAGAAGUGUUCUUACAUCCGACGAACAGCUUCAGCGCGUACGACGUGUAUAAGUUGUUUCUGCUGGGUAAUGACGCGAGGAGCGGCGGGGCGAGCAGCGUGGUAAGCAGCGUGGUAAGCAGCGGGACCAAUUCUUCGAUCGGCGGUUCUAUCCGCAGCUUGAUGAGUGGGGGAGGUGCCCUCACUGACGCAAUGAAUGAGUCACAGGUGGCACCCCUUUUCAAAAAUAAAGAAGAGAAAGAAAAGUACCUGAACAGCGUCCUCUUCGAUAAGGCUACCCUAACCAACUUUCGAAGCUUCGUUCUAAAAAAAAGGCAGAUGGAAUUUUUUUACAAAAACUGGAACGGGAUACCAAAUCGGAUAGAGAGGGAUAAUAACUUCGUGGACAUUGCAAACAUUUUGUCGUUCCAUCUGAACAGGAGUGACUUCGUCAGACAGGUGAAGUGGCGCAGCGUCCAGGCUGUCGAGACGAAGGUGAGCUUGAGAAGAAGCGGGGUCAGCCGGGUCAGCAGCGUUAGCGGGGUUAGCAGCGUCAGCCGGGUCAGAAGCGUUAAUCGAGUCAGCAGCGUUAGCCAGGUUAGCAGCGUUAGCCGGGUCAGAAGCGUCAGUCGAGUCAGCAGCGUUAGCCGGGUAAGAAAUGUUAGCCGGGUCAAAAUUAGGGCAGAAGACAAGGCAGGUUCCUUCGCUGCGUUGCCCAGAAACUGCACCAAAAAUGGUAACCACACGAAUGUGGGAGAUUCUAACCACAAUAUUGCCGACGGGGCAAAUUCAAGCAGGUGUAAGAGCGAGUCCGGAAGUGGGCCCUCAAUACUCGAAGAAGGUCAUUCACAAACACGUGAUGUAGAGAAAAAUAAAGAAAAGGACGAGAAGAACGCAAGUGACACUGUCGUCACGAUUGGUAAUGGCAAUUCCGACCUCAGCGGACAUGACAUCUUUCCCUCCGUUGUGAAGGAGCAAACAUGUGAAGAGGUCGCCAAAUGCGCGAAACUCUCAAGCAAUAGCAGAAGCUUAAGCUCGAAGAAGCAGAUAGUAAAGGAAGAAAGAAGAAUCCACCCCGAGCUGUCCAAUCAUGACAAGAACGAACAUAAAAGGGGAGGUCACAAGGAAGGUCCCAAGGAAGGUCAAAAGGAAGGUCACAAGGAAGGUCACAAGGAAGGUCAAAAGGAAGGUCACAAGGAAGGUCACAAGGAAGGUCAAAAGGAAGGCCCAAAAGAAGGCCCAAAAGAAGGCCAAAAAGGAGGCCAAAAAGGAAGCCAAAAAGGAAACCAAAAAGGAAGCCAAAAAGGAAGCCAAAACUAUCGUAAUCGCCAUCGUACUUGUGCUGUUACUCCCGAUCACGAUGGUGAAAGCUUUCACGAGCUAAUCAAUCACAACUAUGAUAAAAUGAAAGACCUCUAUAAUAAUCUAAAUGAAGAAAUAGUAAAAAACAAACUGCUACUGAUGAGCAAAAUUAUCGAUGAAAACCACUUUUACAACGUUGCUGAUAUGCCCCUGUAUGUAAAUCUGGUCUUCUACAAAUACAAUUGUGUUAACACGUGGAACAAUUUGGUUCAUAAUUUGAGGGAAAACUUCGUAAAGGAGGAGGCCGACUUUUUGAGUACAGACGGGGUAAUGAACAAGACAGUGGAUGCCGAAAAUGACAAGGGUGAGCCGUUUUUCCUGACGCCAACGGCGGCAGCGUUGCCGGAGGGACAGAACCGGUCGCAGGAUCGUUACGUGGGGGGGAGAGAGGAGCAUCAUGAGCAGCAGGAUCGUAUUGAUGAAAAAGGAAAAGCGGGCACCGUUGGGGAGACAGUGACAACCCAGUGGAGUAAUAACCCUAUGGGCAAGGAGAACCAUCCCGAGGAGGGCACCAAAAUGGGAAACCAGCGCAAUGAAGCAACUCCUCCCUUAGGCGUAGGUCUAUCCACAUCGGCUGCCCCACCUGCUGCCACAGACCCGAAGAGGAGCGCCCCCAGCUUCAAUCAAAGAAAAAAUGGAAGGAACGGAAAAAAUAGUAAAAAUGAAGAGAAGGAAAAGGCAAACAAUUUCACAUGUAGUGUAUGUUUCAGCAAACAAAUGAACAAUAUAAACACUUUGUACAAAUGUGUCGGAUGCUCUAUUUACAUCCACAAAUACUGCUAUGCAAUAUAUCAGAAAGGAAAGAGUGAUGAAUUUCUGUGCGAGAAGUGUACAAUUAGCAAGUACUUAAACAGAAGGCAAUAUGAGGGUGAAGAUUCCCGUAGAGGGAGUAGCCAUUCGAAAAAGAAAAGGGGAAGCAGCAGCGGUGGAGGAGGAGGAGAAGGGGGGGAGGCAUCGAGGGUCGCGGCUGGGUUGGCGGCUGGAAGUAGUGGGCACGCCCAUGACUCCAAUGCGAAUGACCCAUGUGAUAACCCAAGCAAGAGUUCCCUUGACACAUUUAAAGGAUUUGAAAGCUGCUGCUACAUUUGCAAGAAGGAUGGAGGCGCCUUGAAGAAAACCACGACAAACCAGUUUGUUCACAUUUUCUGUGUUUUAUUUUUUAUCUCGAAGGUAUUUUGUCUGAAUAUCUACAAUCUGAACCUGUGGGAUAUUACCAAUUUGAGAUCCUUGGAAAAUGUCUGUUGUAUUUGUAAUAAAAAUGGAGCUGUCAUAACUUGUGCCUACUGCGAAGAAGACGCGCAAGGGGAGCACACUGAGAGUAGUGCGAACUCGCACACAAACCAUUCGAAGGAGAAGAAGUGCAAUAAGUGGUUUCACCCCCUGUGCGCUUAUUUGGAGGGGUACCAUAUGAAUGUCGAAAUUUACGAAGAUCUGUUUGUAAUGACUUAUUUUUACGAUAACUGCUUCUCGUGUUUACACGUGAUCACACACUGCAAUGACCACGUCCCUCCGGGCAGCUACCAAAAUAGGGAAGCCGUUAAAUGGAGGAGGAGCAAGUCAUACCUGAGUAGCAGCGGCAGAAGUGGCUGUGGCAAUAACGACGGCGCCGCCCCCCCCAAGUCGAGCGACCAAGACGCAAAAAAUAAGGGAAAAAACAACUGCCAAAUUAGUAAGAUCGCGACGAGCGCCCCAUAUUCACACAACCAGAAGAACGGAAGUCUCUUCCCGCCACCUCUUCAGAACUGUGUGAACGCCAUUCAUGUAGAAGAGGAAGCCACCAAUAAAAUUUACUCGACUGAUGAGAUAGAACGAGCCUAUAUCUUAUAG